UCGGACGCGGCUCUCCCUCCUGAACGCACUCUCUUCUUCUGCUGCCGCUGCGUCAGGACCAGAGGGUGUCAACAUGAGCCAAGCCGAGACCUCGUCACUGUUCUCCUCCUAUCGGCUGCUUUUCCUCUUGACCAUCGUCUCAACUGAGAUGCCAUAUUCUGCAGCAGGGGGCUCUCCUCCGGCCCUCAAGUCCAACAACACAGUCACCAACCGCACCACGUGUGGAGGGAAUACCGACUGCAUCGAAGGCGUCAUCCUGCCGAUAUGGAAGCCAGAAAACCCGGCCUUCACUGACCGCCUCGCCAGAGCCACCAUUUACUUUGUGGGGUUGGUGUACAUGUUCUUGGGUGUCUCCAUCAUCGCCGAUCGCUUCAUGUCAUCCAUUGAGGUCAUCACCUCCCAGGAGAGACAGAUCACCAUCAAGAAACCGAACGGUGAGAAGAUCACCACGACGGUGCGCAUCUGGAACGAGACGGUGUCCAACCUGACCCUGAUGGCGCUGGGUUCCUCGGCCCCAGAAAUCCUCUUGUCGGUCGUGGAGGUUUGUGGUCACAACUUUGACGCCGGUGAGCUGGGCCCCAACACCAUCGUAGGAAGCGCCGCCUUCAACAUGUUUGUCAUCAUUGGCCUUUGUGUGUCUGUCAUCCCUGAAGGAGAGACCCGAAAGGUGAAGCACCUCAGGGUCUUCUUCGUCACUGCCACCUGGAGCAUCUUUGCGUACACCUGGCUUUACCUGAUCCUGGCCAUCAUUUCUCCAGGCGUUGUUGAGAUAUGGGAGGGGCUGCUGACCCUCUUCUUCUUCCCCAUUUGUGUCGGAUUGGCAUACGUAGCUGACCGCAGACUUCUUUUCUACAAAUACAUGUACAAACGAUACAGAGCAGGGAAGCAGAAAGGAAUGAUCAUCGAAACAGAGGGAGAUCCAGAGCUCCCCUCCAAGGUUGACAUUGAAAUGGAUGGGAAAAUGCUCAACUCCCACGGGGAGGAGACAGGGAUUGAAUUUAAGGAGCUGGACGAGGAGGAGGCCCGCAGAGAGGUAGCCAGGAUCCUGAAGGAGCUAAAACAGAAACAUCCUGAGAAGGAGAUGGAGCAGUUGAUGGAGCUCGCCAAUUACCAAGUUUUAACCCAGCAACAGAAGAGUCGGGCUUUCUACCGCUGUCAGGCGACCAGGAUCAUGACAGGUGCAGGCAACAUCCUGAAGAAGCACGCAGCCGACCAAGCCAAGAGAGCCACCCAGCACGACAUCUGCUCUGAGGUUUCACUCAACGACUUUUCCUCCAAGGUGUUCUUCGACCCCGGUACGUACCAGUGUCUGGAGAACUGCGGCAGUGUUGCACUGAACGUGGUGCGCCGUGGUGGCGACCUAAUGAGCACAGUCUCCGUGGAUUACCGGACUGAAGACGGCACAGCAAAUGCCGGUUCGGACUACCAGUUCACUGAAGGAACGGUUUUGUUCAAACCGGGUGAGACCGAAAAGGAAAUCCGCAUCGACAUCAUUGAUGAUGAUAUCUUUGAGGAGGACGAGCACUUCCUGGUUCAUCUCACCAACGUAAAAGUCAUAUCAGAGUGCACCGGCUCAGAUGAGUUUGAGGCAAACCACGUGGACGCCCUAGCGGGUUUGGGUCUGCCGUGCACAGCCACCGUCACCAUCUUUGAUGACGACCACGCGGGGAUCUUUACGUUCGAGGAGCCAGUGGUGACUGUGAGUGAGAGCAUCGGGAUGAUGGAGGUGAAGGUGAUACGGACUUCGGGAGCUCGCGGUGUUGUCGUGGUGCCAUACAAAACCAUGGAGGGGACGGCUAAAGGAGGCGGCGAGGACUUUGAAGACACACAUGGAGUCCUGGAGUUUGAGAACGAUGAGAUCUUCAAAACUAUUCAGAUCAAUAUAAUUGAUGAUGAAGAAUAUGAGAAAAACAAGAACUUCUUCCUAGAGAUUGGCGAGCCUCGACUGCUGGAGAUGAGUGAGAGGAAAGCUGUGUUGCUUCAGGAAGUCGGUGGAUUCGUCAAGACAGGCAGAGACGUCUACAGGAAGGUCCAGGGACGAGAACACCCCGCCCCCUCUGCCAUCAUCAGCAUCACAGAGGAGCGGGGUGACGAGGUUUUGACGAAGAAGGAGGAAGAGGAGAGGCGGAUCGCAGAGAUGGGCAGACCGAUGCUGGGUGAGCACGUCAAACUGGAGGUCGUCAUAGAGGAGUCGUACGAGUUCAAGAGCACCGUGGACAAACUCCUGAAGAAGACCAACCUGGCCCUGGUGAUCGGGACAAACAGCUGGAGGGAGCAGUUUGUGGACGCCAUCACAGUCAGCUCUGGUGACGAUGACGGCGAUGAAUGCGGGGAUGAGAAGCUGCCCUCCUGUUUCGACUACGUCAUGCACUUCCUCACCGUCUUCUGGAAGCUUCUGUUUGCCCUCGUUCCUCCCACCGACUACUGGAACGGUUGGGCCUGCUUCGUCGUCUCUAUCUCCGUCAUCGGCUUACUGACGGCGGUCAUCGGCGACCUGGCGUCGCACUUUGGCUGCACCGUCGGCCUCAAAGACUCCGUCACUGCUGUGGUGUUCGUGGCUCUGGGCACGUCUGUACCAGACACCUUCGCCAGUAAGGUGGCAGCCAUCCAGGACCAAUACGCCGACGCCUCCAUCGGCAAUGUGACGGGAAGUAACGCCGUUAACGUCUUCCUGGGUAUUGGCGUGGCCUGGUCCAUCGCUGCCAUCUACCACUACUCCAAGGGCCAGGAGUUCAGGGUCGACCCAGGCACGCUGGCCUUCUCCGUCACGCUCUUCACCAUCUUUGCCUUCAUCUGCAUCGCCGUGCUUAUCUACCGCCGCCGACCUGAGAUCGGUGGGGAGCUCGGUGGACCCAGAGUCCCCAAGAUCCUCACCAGCUGCCUGUUCUUCAGCCUGUGGUUAAUGUACAUUGUCUUCUCCUCCCUGGAGGCCUACUGCCACAUUAAGGGCUUCUAAAAGUUCUGCUUCGGACGGGUCCUUGAGGAACAGUUCUCGUGAAUUUCUAAAGAUUCCUGCAUUUUCUGACAGGUUCCCAUAAUUUCUGUUAUUUGUCUAAAGAUUUGGUAGAUGUAUAAAGCUUUUAACAGGUUCCUGACAGCUGGUGGGUUCCUACGGGUUCUAAAGAACAUGAAACAGUUUUGACAGGUUUCUGAAAUUUUGGAUGAACUCCCACUAGCUCUAAUAGUUUUUUGGAUUAUCUGUUUGAUGAUCUUCUUCUGUUCUAAACACAGGAAAGAUAACCUCGUAGAGCAGAAUAUUCUUCAAAGAAAGUCCUUUAAAGAUCUAAAAGGUUCAACACAAUUAUGGGUUUUAUGGGUUUCUGAAUAUCCCAAAGGUUCCUGAAGGAUCCCAGUCUUGACAGUCCUGAUUCCUGAAAGUUCCAACAUGAUCCUGCAUAAUGUGACACGUUCCCGUCAUGUUUCCUGAGUCUGGAUACACUUCUGAGGAGCCUGCUGGGUUCCAAAAUGUUCUGACAGGUUCCUAAAAUUUAUUGUUUAUCAGAAGGUUUGGGUAGACGUCACAGGUUUCUGAUGGUUGAUUGAAGACUGAAUGCUCUAACGGACGUGUACUGCAGACGUUCUAACAGAGUAUUCUGCCAGAUGAACUAAUAGUGUUUCUGAUGAUCUGAUUUCUUGGUUUCUUAGAUUUUGACAAAUCACUAAAUAUUUUAACUGUAUAGUUUUUUUUAGGUUCUUUAAAGGUUGAUCAGGUUCCAAACAUCUUUGAUGGGUCUCUGAUGCUCCCAGAGGUUGCUGACAUGUUCCACUUCUGUUCUUGACAAUCCUGAUGGAUCUCUAAAGGUUGUCGUGGAACCCUCAAAACUCCUGAAUCGUCUUUGUGACUUACUCUGGUGUCCACAUCGGACUGUUCUCUGCAUGCUGGUGAGCUCCAAGACUGGACUAUCUUCCUCACAUACCUCCUGAACAUUUAAAGACAUUUAGCAGUAUCAUAAAUCCUUCAUGUGUACCUUUAAACGAUGUAUAUCCUAAACCUUUUGAAUUUUGUCAUGCGAAGAACCGCAGUAGUGACGACGAACAGCCGAGGGGUGAAGGAGGCAGUUGAACCUGCAGGCCUUCUGAAUUUAAGGUGACUGGAGGCGUCGUGUUGCACCUGAAUGAAUAUCUGCACUGAGUUUGAAUUAUAGUUAAUUUUGCUUGUAGGAUGAUCCUGAGUUUGGUGUUGAAGCCAUUAAAGGUCCUCGCUGUACCGAGACCACGAA